AUGUCCAUGAAGAUGCUUCUGGACACCUGCACUUCGUCGAUUCGUUUCCCCGCGACGAGUGAGUUGAUGUUCCUCUUGUACAUGUACGUUCGCGAUCGCCAGGCCCCACGCCCGCAUAUGGAUCAACGUGCUAAGGGAUCACAACCGUGGACCUUGUGGAGAAGCUUCCGGUGCACGUCGACGGACAUGCUGUCGUCGCCGUUCCAACUUCACGUCGGCCACAUGCCGCACGACCCAACUCGCGAGCUCUUGCUUGCUUGGCCAUUGCCGCCGUGA